UUUAAACUAUCAGUCUUCACUUUUGACUGCACGUUUCAAACUGCAAGCGAAGAUCAGAGCAUGAAUAUGUCUCGGUGCCACCUUUAUAACCUACCAAACGAGCUGCUUUUGCACUUGUUCGUGCCACUACCGACACCUGAGCUCCUUCCCUUGACCGUGCUUUCCCAUCGCAUCUAUAACAUCAUCCUUCGAAUAUUGCACAACCGUCUCGUCGCCGCCGCCAAACUCGAUUCGCACUCACUGCUGCUUGAGUGCUAUCAUCCCUCCGCGAAGCUCACAGAACCUCCUUACUUCUGUGCAUACCGGGGCACCGAUGGCCUGUCGCUGUACGAGAACCCCUCUGAGCCCGAUCGAGCCAUCACUGCCAGAUUAGGGGAGAUGCGCCAAAUGUACUCCCGGUUUCGCCCAUAUCGACGAGAGCUUGAGGAUGGUGGGCGCAGAGUUGUUCGCCGACCUGGCGACAUACCUGGCAGCCGUACCUACCCUGGCACUGCUCAAGACAAGUUCAAAGGCGAGCUUGUUAAGCAGACCGUCAGUCUAGAUGGGCAUGAGCUGUUUACGCAACUCGUCGCUCAGACCAACUUGGUCAAGGUUGGACCCUACAACGGCCUCUUCAGCGCCUUCGUUGACGUUGAGGAAGGUGUACUGAGGGUCUGGAGGAAAUGGCUCAGCGAUACAGCCGCCAGGGACAACAGUACUAGUGCAGACAUACAAAAGGAGAAUGUUGAAGAGGUUGGCAAAGGAAGAGAAGUCGUGCGCGAGGUCGUAGAGGAGAACCUCGAUCCUAAUGAUGGGCGCAUACUGUGGGUCAGCAAAGCGAAGAACACAGGAAUACGCUUCACUGUGAAGGAAAGGAAGUUGCGCAAAGACGCUCCAAUUCUUGUUAGGAACGACGAAGACUUGCCGGUCAGCUACGAUAUCGAAUAUGAUGAGCUUCUGAUACGAACAUCGUACCUCCUACUUAUGCUCGAGAAGUCUAUGGUACAAGAUGACAAUUCAUCUGGCAAAGCUGUCGUCUUCGGCUCUUUUGGGUAGCGUACAACUUGUUCAAAAAGCAAACAAUAACACGCGUGACGGAUCCUAUAGAAAGUAACCGCACACAUCAUCCUCCGAAGGCGGGGAACGAAAUUGUCUCCAGCAAAAAGAGAACUCAUUGGCAAUGGCCGCUGAGCAGGUGAAAGCAAAAAGAGAAUGACCCGAAGGCGAUUUGAACGCCUAACCUUCAGGAGACACCUUAACUGGAAUCUGACGCGCUACCAUUGCGCCAUCGGGCCGGUUUAAACCGUG